UGCAUGCGCUCGCCAUCACAACAACCCUCAUCGCCAUCGUCGUUUUUGUCCUCGCCGCCUCCGUACUUUAGGCCCUGCAACUACCGAGGCUAACAGAGUGUGCCACUGUCACGCGCACUUCAAUCCGAGCCAUUUGUCCGCAGCGGUACGCCCUCUUUGCCUCGUUUCGCUGCCGCUCCAUCUCUGCUUGCUGGAAGCCUCUCUUCGUCGCACUUCGUUGCUCUUCGCCCUCGCAACCUCAUCCAUCGAAUUAUGGACACCAGUCAUCCUCUUCUACAAGCAGGGGAUGAUCCCAAGCCAUUUCCGCCCUCAUUUUCCACCUUCGUGCGCCUCGACAAGGCCUUUCUCUGCCCGAUCUGCAAGGAGCUCCUCUCCGCGCCCGUCAGCAUCGCAUGCGGGCACUCUUUCUGCUCAGCGUGUAUUCGUUCCUCCCUCACACAUGCGAAGAAGUGCCCCUCCUGCGGGGAAGCAGCGAGCGAAGGCGCGAUCCGACGCAACCGGGCGCUCGAGGAGAUGACGGAUGCAUGGGAGGCCGCUCGACCGCAGUUGCUCGAAUUUACAAAGCCACGCAAGCGCCCCGCACCUUCCUCUGGUCCACCCUCGGUCCAUUCAUUGAAACGCGCGCGAACACAGUCGCCCAGCAAGUCAGAAUCACAGCCGCGCUCCACCUCCCCCUCAGAGGGGAUGGAAGUGAUGAAUUCGAGCGACGCUGAAGUCGAUGAGCUGUCCGAGAAUGACGAAGCGCCAUGUCCCAUAUGUGGAGUGAAGCUCGAGAUCUCUGCGAUCCCGGGCCAUAUCGACCGCGGCUGCCCGCCUCCCAAAGCGAAGGCGGCGCCAGCCAAGACGACGUGGAAGAAGCUCUUCGCGGGCGCAGGCGUAAAGGGCAAGACUGCCGAGAUGAAGCGGAUCGUAAAGCCCAACUACAGCCUGAUUAGCAUCGGCGACCUGCGUGGGCUUCUCGCCGAACACGGGCUCCCCACCACCGGCGACCGGCCUACGCUCGAAGCACGGUUCCAGGAAUGGACGAUCCUGUACAAUGCCAACCUCGACACAUCGCAUCCCGCCGCCCUCCCAGCAUUACGGGCGAAGCUCGCGAACGCCGAGGCCUCGCGCCGCCGCGACCGCGACAAGGGGAAGGAAGAGGAGGUCGAGGCGCUGGCGAGCAAAGAGGGGCUGGCGAAACAUGCGCGUGAGCAGCGCAGCGAGUUCGAGCGGCUGCGGCAAGACGUGCUGGACCGCAAAGCGCGCAAGGCACGGGGCGAGCCCGACGGGCAGAGGGUGGACACGGCCAUCGAAGUGGAAUGACGCGGAGCACGGCGGCCAGAGACAGUUGUACA